CAACCGCUUAACGAGCCUCCCUUCCUUUAUAAAGACCCAACAUCCCCACCCCCACAACGAGAUCUUCCCUGUUCAAGACCCUGCAGAAGAAAAAAGAAAGGGGUCAUCAAGAAUUCAAUCAAACAUGGCUUCCGCCCGCAGCUCCGCCCUGGUGGCCCUGAUCGCUGCCGCGACCACCCUCUUGCUGGCCCACCACGCCAGUGCGGGCCGAGUCUUGUUAGGCGAUCUCUGCAAAAACACCGACUAUCCGGCCCUCUGCAGCUCAAUGGUGAAGAGCAAGGUGAAUGCAGAGAAGGCGACGCAGAGCGCAAUCAACUACCUCAUCGUCCAGAUGAGGCAGGCGAAGGUGACAGUCUCCACGGCCAAGGCGGACAAGUCGCUACUGGAAGUGUGCACCGAGAUGUACGAUGACGCCUUGGCAGACCUCACGACCAGCCUCCAGAACCUCAAGUCCGGUGACAAGCCCAGCCUGCAGACCAACCUCUCCGCCGUCAUCUCCAACCUAGAGACCUGCAAGGACACGUUCAUCGACGCCAGCGCCAAACUCCCCUUCGAGAAGUUGAUCGAGCACCUGCAGCAGAUGACCAGCAACUCCUUGGCCUUGGCCAAUGCGCUUCACUAAAUCAUAUGAUCAUAACAUGAAGAAGAAUAAAGGAUUGUCGUCGCGAAUUUACUUGGUGUUUUAGAGUUGUGUUGUGGGGAUCAAUUGAGGGAGAGGGAAGCCAUGUUUUGGGAUGUGAAACGAGAAGAGUUACUCAUCGAGUUUCAUGCAUUCCCUAGUUU